AUGGGAACUGGUCACAGUAGUCACACUAACCUUGGAAAAGAAUGUACUUCUUAUGAUGCCGGUGCCACAGGUACCAUAGCACGUUGGGGAGACUCGUUUGAAGUUUCCAUGGGUCAUAACAAAGAAAAUGACCACACAGACGUUUGGGGUGUGACGUACAAAACAGGUCAGAAAAAGAACACUUGUGGUUUUCAUCUCAAGGCAAUCCGUGACAACAACGGUGUUGAGAGUAUACAUUUCGGAUUAGGCGACUUUGCUAACAACAAAACGGAAUUCGCCUUCAAAAUCACUAGGGUUGCUCGUGAUGGUCUCCGAGGAGGGAUAAGUGGCAUCGAUUCUUGUAAUGCCCCAAGCUCUUUCACACGGGCCAAACCAGAUCACACAAUAGAGACAACCAUUGUUCCAUAUGGUUGUUCCUUCAGAGAGGGUCUUUUUGUUUUACAAAUGAAGAAAAAGGUUAAAACUGAUUCUGCCUACAUGGUGAAUAUGGCACACUAUUAUGUCACCAAAGAUGUUGCUCUUUCUGUUGAGGCCAAAAUCCAUCGCAGUAAAAACUGUUUUGUUGUCGAAGUGGAGGGUCCUUUCAACCAUCCCAGUGACGAGUUACGUAAGGUCCUUGUCAAAACGCGAAAAACCGGUAUUUGGUCGCGUAAUGCGUGUUCUCAUUGCAACGCAGCAAAGGCUAGUGGCAGUGGUGGUGCCAAAAGUGGAGAAUCCAAUUCAUCUUUGAAAGCUCAACCAAGUCACCAGAAGGGCCAUGACAUAGUAGGUCAAAUUGCCAAUCAUGCUUUCUCGAGCAGUAUCAAGGAGCAAUACAACAAAGGCCUUAUCAAUGCAAGUGGAUACACUUCAGGUUCUCUAAAUAAUUCUAUAAUCUUCAUAGAUUGUAAUUUUUAA